AGAUGGGCGGAGCUAAAAACUGGCUCGCGCUCGCCUCGAGGGCCUUCUUCAGUCGCGUCGAGGUCUCCAUGACGACUGGAUGUUUCUGAACAUUUGCUGUGGCCUCCAUUCCAACUAAAACACUUGCCAGUGUAAAGUGAGCCUUGAAACCCGAAGUGAAACACUAAAAGAAAACACCAACCCAAGUUUCUUUCGAGUGUUUGUCGUUUUUCUAACGUCAGGAUUACAUCAAAUCACAAGUUGAUUGCCAUCAACCAACGUUUCACACACACACCAGGUUCACCGGUCGGCCAUGACAGUCGACGCCGGACGCCGACUCUUAUUGCUCAGCGUCAUCCUGUGGCUGGGUCAUCGAGACUGUCGAGCUCUUGUGCCCAGCAGCCCAACAACAGAUCAACAUGUUCAAAUUGUUCUGUUACAUCGGAGAGGGUUGGAUUGCGAUGCCGAUAGCAAUCGAGUUGGCAACAGUGUCAGUCUAUCCGCAAGUCAAAGAGAAACGGCCGCAAGAUGGGCAUCCGAAAUCCUCAAUAAUCAAACGAAACCUCAUCUCUUCUCCAUAGAUGUGGAAGUGAUGGAUACGUGCGGCAGCGUCCAAGCGACGGCCAAGAGGUCGUUGCAAGUCGUCAGGCAAAUUAAAUCCAGCGGGACGGCCGUGCUGGGUGUCAUCGCUUUAGAGGAGGCGGACGUCCUUGCCGAAGCGGCCCGUGUCCUUCGACGUCACAACAUUCCAUUGGUCGUGGCCACACCUCGAGCUGCUGAAAGUGAAGCCGCUUCUCUACUCCUCUACGCUCCAGACGAUCCGGCCGUUUUCACCCAACCGGACAAUGUCUUUUCGGCCGUGCCCAACACGGCCGCUGUGGCCAGGGCGACGAUCGCAGUGGCUAAAGGAAUUCAGAGCCAAUCGAUCCGCAUUUUGGGGACGUGUUGGAGGACGAUCCGGAUGGCCGAUCGAGCCGCUCGCCAUUUAAAUAUCAGAGUGAUAUCGGCUGAGCAUUUGGUCGGGGAUUAUUCCGCCAGCCCGACGGCCUACAUCGCCAAUUUGACGAUGCAUCAACACGUGCUGGAACAACAAGAAGGAGUCAGAGUGGCUUUGCUUAAUGGAACCCAACGAACUGGCCGAUUUUAUGAACCAGGCCGUCAGCGGAAGGAAGAUAACUUGGCUUCUGGGAUGCGUGGCGGGUGUGGUCAGUCCGCAAAUAGCGGCCCAAUGGGCCCUCGAUCUGUCCAGCAGCGCAUUCCUUGUCGAGCCUCAUUUACUCGAACUGGCCGGCUUAGCCGAUUACAUGCGACUUCAUGGUGUGAUUCAUCAUCCGCUCGAUAACGAGAUUUGCAUUUAUUGAAAGUACCGACGGCCAAGUUGACGAAUGCCGGAAGUAGCAAUGUUCCAUGAAAUCGGGUACUACAGGCGCUGAUUCUGAUCUGAUGGCGGAAUCAUGCGUAGCAGAAUCGUGUGCAAGUUUUGAAUUUGUUGACGACGACGAGCCGGAAGCGCAGGCCGAAGAUGAUGACGAAGAGGAAGGCGAUCGACGGAACAAGAACAGCAACGCUCUCAACCGCCUGCACCACCCAAAUUGCUCGUCAUUAGCUCCGACGGCACGAAAUCCAGCUCAGCUGUUUGCAGUCCCAGUAGCACAUCAGAAAUCGGGAGCGUCUUUGGUUUACGCUUCGAUCCUCAAGAAAACAAAAUGACGCUUCAUGUGGCACCAGCUGCGGGCAAAACAGUUAGCUCCCCUCAAGGCCUUCCAGAACUGCCCGAAUCAACCAAACUGCAAACCAGCAGAUUUCCUUUAGAUUUAAGUAGUCCGACACGGUCAGAAGGUCUCUUCCCUAGCCUUAAAAGCCAGGCCAAGAAAAGCGAAUACGAAAAUGCGACGGACGACGAGCGCAAACGGGAGGAGGUGGCCGUUGACUUGCAGAGGGAACAGGAACAAGUGGGCCAAAUACUGGCCAGCGCUGCUGCCCUUCAGCCAGAAACCAAUCCAGCCAGUCGGAAUGGAGCGAAGAUGAUCUUUCCGACGAUGACAGCAACGAAGACGAGCAAGAUCAAAAUUGCUGCAAAAUCAAAGGUCCUUUGCUUGGAUCCAACCAUCAAAAUUCGUUUGGCAACGGCAGGAAACUGUGCCAUAAUCGCCGACGCAAGUUCCAUUUCGGACUGGCCAGCGAUGUCGAGUCGAUGGGCUACACGACCGAUGACGCAGGCAUGGAGAAUCUUUCCGUCUUUAACGAUGCCGGACUGACUGAUGCCGAAGGAGCAUUAAGUGACAUUAAUUCACGAUGGAAUCCCUGUUGACGAUUUUGAUAUGGCUGACAGGACAGAGAAAGCACUUCAAGACCAAAGAAGAGUAGACCAGAAAACUGAAGACUCUUCUGCAACAAGUGGUAUUCAUCUCAAUGGUAGAUUCAUUUUCUUAAAAUUUUUGUAUUACUGUUUGGCUCCUCGUAAACUAUCUAAAAAAAUAUAUUUUGAUGCUAAAUAA